GCUGACUCUGUAAACCGCUUAGAGAGGGCUGUAAAGCACUGUGAAGCGGUAUAUAAGUCUAAGUGCUAUUGCUUGAGCAAGAUGUUUAGCCAAGAUCCAUUAUUUUGUUACGUGUGGAUCAUCAGACAUUAGGUGCCAUGGAGUUAUUUUGGGUUCCCAGUAACCACAGGAAUCUUCUCCAUAGAUAUCCUCGGGCCUAGGUCAGCAACCUGCGGCUCUGGAGCCGCAUGUGGCUCUUUCAUGCCUCUGCUGCAGCUCCCUGUUGCUCAGAAUAUGUGCCAGAACCGCCAGUGUGCGACACCUGCUGGCACGCAAUUUAUUGAGCUACCCCCAUUAGGUUUUGUGGUUCCCGGUGUAUUCUUUUGUGUGGGAAACGGAUCCAAAUGGCUCUUUUAGUGUUUAAGUUUGCCGAUCCCUGGCCUAGGUGAAUGAGUACAACAGCAUGCAUAUGAAUGAAUGGGGAGAUCAAAUUUGGAUGCCUCAUUUCUUGCCAGAAAAGCUUCUUACUCCAACCCUUUUUUUUCUAACACCAGGAAACGGUUUCCACUACCCCCCUAUUCUCUCUGUGAGCCCCGGUUUCCUUUCCAUUUGUUCCUGCUUGGUUCUUGCAGUUUGUGUCUUCUUUCUGCCUCUUUCAGGAACAGAUGCUGGGGACCAGCCAAUGGAGAUCCAGCUAGUAACAGUGAAGGAAGAGAUUGGAUCUGUUCUGCCCCCUGUGUGCCAGGAAGACCUGCCAAGCCUUGAUGGGCCCCAGGAGCAAAUCCAGCAGUGCCAAGGGUGCAGAAGCCUCCUUUUAGAGCCUCAGAGCUGGUUGUCCAGCAGUAUUGACGCUCUGGUGCUCCCCGUUGAGAGGCCUUACAGCUGCUCUUUCUGCCCUAAACACUUCAAGAGGGCUUCAGACCGACGUGAUCACGAACGGGUGCAUACCGGCGAAAGGCCAUAUGAAUGUGGCAUCUGUGGCAAGCGCUUCACUCAGAGCUCAGUAUUGUCUGGCCACUUGCGCAUUCACACCGGCGAACGGCCUUUCCACUGCAGUGUCUGCUUUAAAUCUUUCAACAACGGCUCCAACUUCCGCAAGCACCAACGCAUUCACGGCCCACCAUCUGGGUGUAGUGAAGGGAGAGUUGGUGGGAAGGACUGUGAUUCUUUGUCCGGAAAGAAACCCGCGCAAACGAAAGAAGGAAAGGGUGGCAGAUAUCUAAGCCGUACCUUUCUGCCAAAGCAAAACGGCAGUCAGCCCGUCAUAGAGUUAAGAGAAGGCAAGAAUAAGGCUGAUCAAAACCUCCCAGGUAGGCAAAGUUGCUUUUAUAGCACUAGGUUAAGCCUAGAGGACUAUUGCACCAGCAGCCACAGACAACCAGGUGGUAGCAUGGCUGCAUUCAAGAGGACGGGACUGCAACCGGAUGAUGCCAGUCUUGGUAUUAACCUUGCUAUAAGGCAGGGCAGCAGAGAUGGUCUUAAGGCAGAUGCUCUGAAGCAGGCAACUGAUAGCAAUGGGCAUGCUGGGGAACUGGGUCCAAACACCAAUUGCCGCUACAGCCAAAAAGCCCUUCCCAAUGGCCACAGUUUCAAACAACAACUGCCAAAGGCAAGCACUGAAAACCCCACAGAGGGCUCAAGGCAGAACAGAGCAGGGGGAAGCCACACUCAGGAAGAACAGAAGCAACUGGUCGACAGCUGCCCUGGCAAGUUACAGCUAGAGAGUGGCAGCAGUUGUGGAAAAGGCUUCUUGCCAGUUGGGGACAACAGGGUCUCUGCUCACAAUCAGAGGGGCUUCGGAGUAAGGAGGCCAAAUGGCCUCAGAGGGCUCAAGCAGAGCAGAAGUGGAGGUACAGAGGUGAGGCAGAACGGUAGAGGGGAAGGCGAUGCAGGGGGACUAAGUGAAAAAAGCAACACUUUAGUUUCAGAGCCAGAGGAAAACAAUAGCCAGGGAGCUUCUCUCAGUGGCCUUAGAGAAAGAGAGCUGACCCAAGAGAGUAGCACCUAUGGAGACUUUCAAACAUGUGCCCCAGAAAAGUUGAGUGGUCUCAAAGUAGAACCGCUUACGUGGCCCAAAGAUGGCAUAGCCUGGGAAGGUCCUGCCUCAGAAAUGGAUGACCCUGAAGGACCUUCUCCCAGUCUGAAGGCUACGAGAUCACCUUGGCAAUUGGAGAACCUUGAUCCAUGUUCCAUACCUUGCAAUGCUUGUGGGCCUCAGAGAUGCCACUCUUUGCAGGAUCAGCUUGGAAGCACUGCUCAGCAUAGAGAAGGUAAGGAGAGGCCCACCCCUUUUCUUUUCCCAGUUCAUGAGUCCUCUGAUGGACAUGCACUGCCUACGCUCGAAUUCAAGCCGUUUCUCUGCUUUGCCUGCCCCAAACAGUUCCGUCGUGCCACAGACCUGAAAGAGCACCUGCGAGUGCACACCGGCGAAAGGCCCUUUGGCUGCAGUGUCUGUGGCAAGCGGUUUACACAGAGCUCAGCUUUAACCACUCACCGGAGACUGCACACUGGGGAGAAGCCCUUUGAAUGUGCGGUCUGUUGCCGCCGUUUCAAUAACUCCUCUAACUUUGCCAAGCAUCGUCGAAUACAUGGGCCGGACAGCAUAGGGCAUAGGAAUAAACCAGUGGAAAAAGAGCUCUGGAAGGUAAAACCAGAUUGAUUUUUGUUUUUCAG